GUCAUUUCCUGCGGAGAAAUCGUGGACGGGGCGGCAUGCCUGUGCUCGGAGGCUUUUGCUGUCUACGAACGUCUGCGUAAAAGCUGCGGAGGUAGGAACACGGGGGUCGCGGCGCAUGUUUUAACAUGGGAGCAAAUCCCACAGUGUUCGGUGGGGCUUACUCUUGAGUAAGUGCGUUUAGGAUCGCUCCUUUAGUGAAGCUGAUCGCCUUCACAGGCAGCCUUAAGGCGGUGUUGAUUGGAUCGCUCGUCUCUCCCCCACCGCUGUAACUAUUACAAUUCUGAACCCUUAGAAAAGUUAUUUUUUUUUAAAGGGGGGGCGUUGCGGGAUUACUAGUUGGCCUGUUCUGAUUAGCCUUCCGUGAUCAGCUCUUGCACUGGCCGUUUCUGUCCGAAACUAGUGGCCCGACUUCAAACCCUGAGCCACGAUCACGCGUGUUCGAAGUACUGAGAACCGCACGUAGGGAGCGCGCAGGUCCUGCUUGCUGACGUUUCGUAGGCACGUGGGUGGCCACUGUGAGAACAGGAUGCUAGACUGGACGGGCCAUCGGCCUGAUCCAACAGGGCUCAUCUUCUGCCACACACACUCACUGGGUGCAGGGUUUGAAAUCCCAUUGAGUAAGGAUGCAUUUAGGAUGUUGUAAUCCCUAGCAGGUUAGCUUCGUUGACCUCAAUAGCAGUUACUUCCGAAUAAAGGUACACAGGAUCAGUUGCUUGAUUCACUGAUGCUAAAAGCACUAAAAUGCAUGUCUAUUCUCAUGGGCCAGUGUGUCCAAUUGUCCAAUAACUGUAUAUUUUAAUGUUUUUAUAGUAUACUUGUUUUCUUUAAUUAAAAAACAGUCAGUAGAGAAUUGGUGUCCGUUGGCUUUGUGUUCUAGCAUUAUCUUCACAUAGUAGGAAGAAAAAACUGCUUUUCCCACACCUUGCAGAAUCUUAGCACCUCUAUCAUGCCCACAUUUUAUAAACUAGAAACCCCUGAAUGCUGUAACAUUUUCUCAUAGUAGAGUUGUUCUACUCCCUUAGUCGUUUUGGUUGCCAUUUUCUUGAUCUGCAGGAGCCUUUUGAGGUAUGGCAACCAGAAUCAUACACUAUUCCAAGUGUGGUUGCGGCAUGGAUUUGUAAAAGGACCUCCUGUUGAUGGUUUCAAUCGCUUUCCUAACUAUCCCUAACGUGGAAUUUGCCUUUUUCAUAGCUACUGCAUGCUAGGAAAACAUCAAGCUAUCUGCCACAACUCUCAAAUCUCCUUCCUGGCCAGUUAGCACCAGUUCAGACACUGUAAGUACAUGUGAAGUUAUGGAGGGUUUUUUGCAUCAGCAUGCAUCACUUUGCACCAAUCAAGGGAAGUAAUAGUCCCUUCUAUAUUCUGCCCUGGUCUGACUAUACCUGGAGUACUGUAUCCAGUUCUGUUAAGAAGGAUAUUGACAAGCUGGAAUAUGUGCGGAGGAGGGCGACCAAGAUGAUAAAAGGGUCUGGAAACCAAGCCUUAUGAAGAACAGUUGAGGGAAUUGGGUAUGCUUAUCCUGGUAAAGAGGAGACUGAGAGGUGAUAACUAUCUUCAGAUAUCUCAAGGGCUGACACAUGCAGUAUGGUUUUGACUAAGCAUCAGGAAGAACUUUCUGACAGAAUUGUUUGACAGUGGAAUGGACUCCCGCAAGAGGUGGUGGACUCUGUCAUAAUCUAGUUGAGAUUCCUGUAUUGCAGGGGAUUGGACCUUUAGGGGAUCCCUUCCAACUAAGAUUGUAUGCAUUUUUAAUGGUCCUUCAACCAGUCGGGAGAUAUUCUUCCGGCGCUCCAGGCAAUCCCUUUUGGUUUUAAUCACCUUAAACCAGAGCUUUCCAAACUGUGUGUUGUAACAUGUUAGUGUGUCGGCUGCUGUGUGUAGGUGGGUCCCACAAAUGCUCCUCCCGGGCUGGGAAAGGGCUUAGUUUAACCUCUGGUUUGCUAGUAAAACUGAAUUACUGUGCCACGAAAUGAUGCAAAACUGAAUUGCUGUGUCAUGAAAUGAUGCAUGCCCAAAAAGUGUGUCGCCAGCAUGAAAAGUUUGGAAAGCUCUGCCUUAAACCAUUUGGUGUCAUCAGCAAACUUGGCCACCUCACUGCUCCCUGAUUCCAGAGUUAUGAAGAAGCUAAAAAGCUGUUUUCAUUACAGAUCUUGGGAGAACCUUGCUUACUAAAUCCUUCCAUUGUUAGAACUGUCAAUACGUCCUACUCUCCGCUUAGUGUUCUUUAACCAGUUAAGUCCAGGUACACAUCCAAGAUUACCCCAUUUGCAUGAUAGUCUCGCAGAACUCUAAAAUGGUUAGGUAGACAAGACUUACCCUUACAGAAGCUAUCAGCAAGACUUCUAUAGGGUUGGUAAUUUUAUUGUUAACAGUUUCCCCCAGUUUACCAGGAAAAAACAUUAAGCUAACUGGGCUGUAAUUUCACAUUAAGGGGAAGAAAAAGUGUCAACUAGCUGAAGUUUUACAGAUUCUGGCAGUUCAUGUACCCAAUGAGUUCUUACCCAUGAAAAUCAUGCCACAAUACUGCUUGUCUUAGAGAUAGGAAGGCUGGGAAAACCCCGGAAAAAUUGGGGGGGGGGACCAGGGCUUUCCCCCCCAAAGUUUACCCCCCCCCCCAGUUUUCAGGGUUUUAUCCAGGCCUUCCCAUCUCUAGUCUGGACAGAGGUGUGUGCAGGCAUGUGUAGAAAUUAGCCCCAUUGUACAAAGAAUUUGGACUAGUUGUUCUGCCCAUUUCUCCCCCUUCAGCCCCACCCACCACUGGUAUAUUACCCAGAAGGAAAAGCAGCCUUCUGGCUAAAGCAGUUUCCUCGUUCCACUAUACAGUCAUACUUCGGGUUACAGACGCUUCAGGUUGCUUUUUUUGGGUUAUAGACGCGCUGAAACCUGGAAGUACCGGAACAGGAUACUUCCAGGUUUCGGCGGUCGUGCAUGCACAGAAGUGCCGAAUCGCAACCCGUGCAUGCACAAACGCACCACUGCAGGUUGCAAACGUUGCGGGUUGCAAACAUGCAUCCCGCAUGGAUCACAUUCGCAACCCGAGAGUCCACUGUACUCAGAAGUUUCAGUGUGUUCACUGGUGCUUACGCUUGCAUCCAGGCAUAAUUAAAAUCUUCUCCAAUUGUCCAUUGUCUUCUCCAAUAUGCAACCCAUAUUUCAUUAUAUCCGUAGUGUUUCCAAGUGGGAAAAGAAACUUAGAACAGAAGAAAAGCACUUUGCAUGAGAACCUUAGUACAAGUAAUUCUGGUUUAAAGGGGAGCAUGUGGAUGCCCACUGUGCUCCACCCCUCCACUAUCAGUGAUGUUUUGGGGCUACUUCUAGGUUUGGCACCUAAAUUGGGAGUUGCCUGUAUAUAGGUAUUUCAUUAUUACUCUCUUUUUUGAUAUAUUUUUAUUGUUUUAUAAAUGUGUUGGAUUUUAUUGCUUAACAUGUUAAAAACCUUCAAUAAAAUUGUUUUAAAAAAUACAUAAAUACGAACCAAGACAAUAUUCUCAAUGGAAUAAGAACCACAUACCUACUUGAAAGCGAAGAGUUGUUUACAAUGUAGCACAGCAGUUCCAAACAACAAUUGAUAAGUGAGGUGAAGCUUUUGACCUGCCUUCUGUUCUGGAUAAAUAUUACUUUCUCAACAAAUUAACCAGUCAAUAGAGAAAUUAGAGGCAAUCCUUUUAUACCACACACUUUUAAUUUAAUCCAUACAUCUAGAAGCUAAACUUUCUUUAAAAACAACAUCAUACAGAAGUAUGAUGAUUGCGUUAGGAAGAGGAAGUGGGUUUAAAAGAUCUUGCAAUAAAAAUAAAGAUUACUCUCAUUGACAUAUACUUCAGUAAACUUUGGUUCAUCUUCUGUCUGGCUUCUGAUGAGGCAAUAUUAAUCUCAAAAUGAUCCUAUAUGGGACAACUAUUCAAGAAGCACGAAUAAGUAAAAUCCUUUUGUGUUGUGGGAACACUCAUUCUGAAAGCCAGAUUUAAAACCAAUAAGGAUUUGAAAGGGUUUCAAAGGAAACAAAAUAGCUUAGCUGAUUGCCUGGAGUAGUUGGAUAUUUGGGCUGUGCUAAGCAAGGCAUGCUCCUGUGGAUGGCGCUAUAGAGACCUCUGCAUUUCUAGGAGGAGUAGGUAUUCCUAGGCAUCACGCCAUUUGCCAGGUCACAGCGUAUUCCCCAGCGCAGAGCAGACCUCUUCUUCUCUGUAGGCACCAGGUAGUUGUUGGGAAUAUAAAUGUGCUGAGCCCUAGGAGGAAAUUCUGACUUGCAGAGCAUCUGUUCCCGGAUGCUCCAGCGCACCCCUUUCCUGGGAUCUUCCCCUGGUAGCCGCAGAGAUUCCCAGUCAUGCUUAUGCUCCAAGUAACGGGCUACCCGGUCGGUCUUCAUUCUGUUCCGGCUUAGCUGAUCAAAUCUUGGUAAUAUGAAGGAUUUUGGGUGGCCAGCAACAAUCAAGUCCUGCUCAUAGGAUGUGCUGCUGCGGCUCUGGCUCUCCCUUUGCGAGCUUUGGCUCUGGCUCUCUGUAGUUCUCCAGGAAUAAGCCGUCUCAGACUCUGGGCAAAUGCUUGGCUCACUCUCCUCCUCUGACUCUUCUUCCUCUUGCUGAGUCUUCAGACUAUGCAUUCUUUGACUCAACUCCCCAUACUCUGGGUCACUCUGACUGCUGGUCUCUGGUGUGCUGGUGAUGGACUCAUCCGUCACCUCUACUUCUCCAUCAGGCCUUCGCCUCAGAACUUUCCUUUUUAUUAUAGGCUUCCUAGCAACUCUGGGUUCCUCGGGAGUCUUUGCUUGCAAGGUGGGUCCUGAAUUAAGAUGCCUAAUCUUCACAGGAAGUGUGGGUCUGACCAAAGAGGCCACUGAGGCUCUUGUGUAGGGGUCCAGCUGAGGUGCAAAACACAUCUUCCUUGGGCUAUCACCUUCUCCCUGUUCUGCGCAAAGGCGGAUGAAUGCCAUUGCAGCUUCUUUGAGCCGAUCUUCAUGGCUCAUGGAGGCCCAGCGGGGACGAUCAAGUCCCAUGAACGUUUCCAUUGCUUCUCUUGGCUUGGUGCAGUCACUGAUUCUGAAAGAGAGAGAUGUUAAUUCACAGUGUGCUAUAUCUACCCAAAACAAGUUUAAGUACAGUGGUACCUCGGUUUUUGAGCAUCUCGGAAGCCGAACGUUUCGGUUUUCGAGCGCCGAAAACCUGGAAGUAAAUGCUUCUGUUUUCGAAUGUGCCUCAGAAGUUGAACAGUUUUCUGCUGAGUUUUCCCCAAUUUUCUCCAUUGAAAUUGCAGGCCACCCUUUGCACCUCGGUUUUCGAACAUUUUCGAAGUUGAACGGUCUUCCAAAACGGAUUACAUUCAAAAACCGAGGUACCACUGUACUAAAUUUAUUCACUGAUUGAAUAGUCAUUUACCUAUUUCUAGCAAGAAUUUGCUUUCACUUAAGUCAGCUUAGGAUACAGUAAAAAUCCUGAGUACUGCUGCGUUACGAUGUUCCCCCUUUGCAGUACAUUGGAGAACGUGUUAAGUCUUACAGUUAUUAGCUAUACUAGUGGGUUUCAAAUUAUUUUCCAGCAAAUCCUGAGGCUGCUUAGUAAUGUAUCAGAGAUUCUACAAUGAGAAUCAAUAAUGGUGGAUCUGAAUCCCUGAAAGGCAGUUUGCCCGCAACUUGAAAUCUUCCUCCCUGAGGUUAAGUAUGCUUUAUGGUGCACAUUCAGUUCACACUGGGAACUAAGAGACCCAACAGGGUGGACCAGUAUCUCACAUGAAAUAUGUGAACUUCAGAACAAAACCCCAGAAUCCUGUGUUAUAUGCAGGGUUUCCUUAUGCAGGAGUAGCCCAUGGGUGUCAAGAGCAAACCCUUUCUGUCCCCUACACCUUGCAUUCCAUGUAAACAAAAAAAAUGUCCCGAAAGCCCACUGGGAAUUAGUAUGAAUUUAUCAGUAAAUGGAGAAAGGCAUGCACUCACAAUUCAAUAUUGGAAGUAUUUCAUUACGUUCAAAUAUGCAAUACAGUAUAGGUAGAAAAUAAAAGCAUAAAGCUGGAUAGCAAGUUGACAGUCCCCAGCUGAAUAGCCUCUCCUUUAGCAGCAAAUACAAAAGUUUGAAUUGUGGAAACUCGUUUUCCCUUCCCAGGGACUCUCACUAUGGCCAGAGAUGGAGCAGAAACAGAGAAGCUACUGAAGAGAGUCCAGGAACUGGAAGACAUGGUGCAAAGGCUGCAAGAAAAGCUGGAGAGCAAGCAGACUGCAGGCACAGAAGGCGGCCUCUCAGCAGCAGGGAAGACUAAGAAACGGCAGCAGCGGCCAUUUGAUUUUAGCGCUUAUGGCCAGAGACAUGUGGCACUGAAGAUAGCCUACCUGGGCUGGGGAUAUCAGGGCUUUGCUAGCCAGGAGAAUACCAACAAUACUAUUGAAGAAAAGCUGUUUGAGGCUCUCAGCAAAACCCGACUGGUGGCCAGCAGACAGACUUCCAACUAUCACCGUUGUGGGCGCACUGACAAGGGAGUCAGUGCCUUUGGACAGGUGAGUUCAGCAUCUGUCUAACCUCCAUUUUUAUGAAACCAACCUGCUCAACUCACAGCAGAAAAUGAGGGAACCUGCUCAGAGGGUGAGGGAGGGGGGAUUUGGAUUCAGCACUAUAACAGAAUGUGAAUUAAAGCGGGGGCAGCGGCAUUACCUUCUGUGAUAUUCCCGCUUAGCAAAGAGUUUGCGCCUCAAGGUCUUAGCUCUGGUUGGAGCUGAAUACAGUCGUACCUUGGUUUUCGAACAGCUUAGUUCUCGGACAUUUUGGCUUUCGAAUGCCGCAAACCUGGAAAUGAUUGUUCCAGUUUGCAAGCUAUUUUUGGAAGCCGAACGUCCAACAGGGCUUCCGAUUGGCUGCAGGAGCUUCCUUCAGCCAAUCAGAAGCCACACUUCGGUUUCCGAACGUUUUGGAAGUCAAAUGGACUUCCAGAAUGUAUUCUGUUCGACUUCCAAGGUACGACUGUAUUGGGUGUUAGAUAUGCUGAUAUUAGAACUCGUUUAAUGGGGCUUCCUCCCAGGAAAGUGUGUAAAAGAUUGUAGCCUGAGUUAUCCAGGGCUGCAAGAUAAAACCUACUGCCAGAUCAGUUCAGGUCCAAAUAGUCAUUGAGGAACCUACACCAACACCAUCAUAUUUGGAGAAUUCUCAUUGAUUCCGUUAAAAAAAAAAAAAAAAUUUAAAAAGUAGAGGUGUAUUCAGCUAUGUUUGACUCAGAGCAGACACACUGAAAUUAAUGAACCUAAUUUAUUCAUGUCCUUUAAUUUCAAUGGGUCUACUCCAAGUAUGGCUAACUUGGGAUCUAACCCUUAGGUUUGUAUCCAAAGUAUUGCUAUGUCAGUUGUACAGUUUGUGCAAGGAUUGGGGAUGGUGCAAGGUGCCCAUGGGGGGGUGUGGAGUUCCAUUGCACAAGUGUAAUGGAAUAAGGGCAUCGGAUACUGUCCAUAGUGUUGUUUUUGCAUAUUUUACUCCAUAUUAUCCUUCUCCAAUGUUUCAGGUGAUCUCCCUAGAUCUCCGCUCAAACCUGUCAAAGGAUAAAGCAGUAAAUAAACCCAAGGGUGCAACAAAGGACACAGCCACAAAUACUGCAGAGGAGAUCCGCUACACACACAUAUUGAAUCAAGUGCUCCCUCAUGACAUACGGGUACUGGCUUGGGCCCCAGUAGAUUCCAGCUUCAGUGCUAGGUUUAGUUGCCUCAAAAGGACCUAUCGCUAUUUCUUCCCUCGUGCUGAUCUAGAUGUAGCUCUCAUGAAUACUGCAGCUCAGAAGCUCGUGGGGACCCAUGAUUUUCGUAAUCUAUGCAAGAUGGAUGUAGCCAAUGGUGUCAUCAACUUUCAACGGACAAUUCUUACUGCAGAGGUGAAGCCUGUGGCUAGGGCAGAGGAUGCCGAGCUGCACAACUCUUUCCAAAUGUACCUGUUUGAAGUGACAGGCCAAGCAUUCCUCUACCACCAGGUCCGUUGCAUGAUGGCUAUUCUCUUCCUGAUUGGACAAAGGAUGGAAAAGCCAGAGAUUAUUGAUGUGCUGCUGGAUGUAGAGAACAACCCUCGAAAACCACAAUACAGGUAUGACUUUGCAAAGAAAUUAAUAUAUAUUAUAUAGCCAGUAUAAUAUUUGUGUUAGAUGUGAAACAAGUUUAUUUUACUCAUUAGCAGUGGAUGCAAAUCUUGGGCAGAGGUCUUUCCUAGACCUAAUAUCAGAGAGCCGUUUUUAAUCAGAGGUUAUAGCGAUUGAACCUGGGACCUUUUGUAUGCAAGGCCUGUGUUCUGCCACUGAGCUCUGAGCCAUCACCAUACCCCUGUGGUACCUUAAAGUCUAACCAGUGUAUUGCUGCAUCACUCCCAAUGACAUAGUCUUGCCUAUGAAAAUGCAUGCCAGUCUUUAGCAAAGUCCUGGCAAACAUAAUUGGGAUUUCUGUAGCUCUUAAGUAUAGCUUUUCCAGUGCCACUGCUCCAUAAUACAAUUGGACUGCAGGCAAAACCACAUCAAGAUGCUGAAGAGCGGGUGGAAAGGGAAGCUGUAGAUGUGCAUUAGUGUGCACUAAAAACUGCACUCCCGUUACUGGCACAGAAAGAUCAACACCAAUUGCCUUACAUGUAUGGGAAUCCAACACUAUAAAGAUUAAUCACUGCUUUGUUUCACAUCAGAUUGUUACUCAGUCUUAUUCAUGUACUUCCCUGUUUUAAGUCACAGGCAUCUGAUUUAAGCUCCUUAACACCUUAUCUUCUCCUUUUCUUGCAGCAUGGCAGUGGAAUUUCCUCUGGUUUUGUAUGACUGUGAAUUUGAAAAUAUCCAGUGGAUCUAUGAUCGCAAUGUCCAGGAGUUUAAUGUCACUCAUUUACAGCAGCUUUGGGCCAACCAUGCUGUUAAAACUCAUAUGCUGCGUAGCAUGUUAAAAGGGCUUGAUUUUGCUGAGAUGCCUACAGAGACAGGUAGGAGAUGCAUAGUUCUGUAGAAUUCUAACAGUAUUCACUGUUGCUAGGUAUGAGUGUGGCUCUAAGGCACUAUUCUAGUGAUUACAUAUAUGGGUACAGAACUGGGUAAUUUAAAAGUGGAUAGAAGCAACUGGUGAAUAAUAAUAUGCUACACAGGACUUGUUGACCCAUUGGCACUUGUUAUGUUUUCAGGUUCAAGCAACGGCACAAUUCGGUGGGGAGAGCUGAAGCCCCCGGUCCACAAUCAGAUCAGUGCCUUAAUCGAGGGAGCAAAAGCCCGAAACUACAAGCCAUUAAUGGAUCGCCCCAAAUGUGAAGGGUUGGAGUCUCGCAUCAGUUACUUUGUGCGUAGAGGACGCAUUGAACUUCCACACCUUAAGAAAACAAAGCACUCUGAAAAGGAAUCAGAUGAAGAGAUGGAAGUUAAGAGCAGCCACAGCAAAAGUGUGGAGACAGACAACGAUGUUCCAGAACAAGCUGCAAAGAGAGUCUGUACGAGUUCAGACUGAAGUUUCCACACCAUCUCUUAUCUCCAAGCAGAUAUCUCCAGAUCUCUUUUCAUGCAAACCUAUUGGGAUCCUUAUUUACUUUUGUUCUUUUUAAGAACACAGACAUACCACUAAAUGCUUUGCAUUUAAGAAAUAAACAUUUUUAAAAAAAUAAUAGCAUAAAGCAGGUGUGAAAUUGUUUUCAAAAUACAGGCAAAUCUCUUUAUUAGCUCCACAUUCUCUUCCUACUGCUACAACCACUGAAAGCGUUUAUAGCUCUUACAACAGUUGUAAGCAAUUAAUCAUUGCCAAAACAAAUCUAUAAACCAGGCGGGUAACUGUAUGGAGAGGAGUAAGUGGCCCCAGAUUAGGGUCUUCUUAUAUGGCCACCACAUCACGAGCUGGUAUGUGAAUCAGCCUUGUCAUAUCAACGGAGCUGGGUGUGGUGCCUUUUUUUAUUUACAAGAAUAAACAAGUAGUAGCGUCUUUAGGUUGGGACUCACCUCUUUCUACACUUCCUUAUGUUCAGCUUCAUCCUGCUCUUCCAUAUGGAUGAAGUGAUAGGAACAAAGGAGCAAAAUAAAAACUAGGAAAAGCUGGACUGACUAGGUUACUAGGACCUCAGAAAAAGAGAAAGAACAGUUCCACUAGUCAGGGAUGUGAUGAGCAGAUACGUUGUGGCCUAUUAGAAAGCAUAGCAGCCAUUCAAUAGUUACUUUAGUUAAAAUUCACAUGAAAAAGAUCAUUUGUAUGUAUUACUUCACUGUACACAGGUUGUACACUGACAAUAAAGUUGUUAUUAUUAUUAUUGC